AACAAUCGUAUGGGUAAAACAAAUUCAGACAGAUAUCCGAUGAAAAAUUCGCCCGCCAAACAAUUUUCAGAUUAGAUAUUCGAUUCCUUCCUCCAAAGUUUUUUGACUCUUGAAAAUAAAACUCAAAAUCGCACACAGAGCGCGAGAAGCUUUGUUUUCAACUCGAAAAUGGCGCUUUUACUCUUCCCUUUUUCUUCCCCUUCUCACCCUCACUUCUUCCUCACCACCACCAAAUCUCUCAAUCUCAAUCUCUCUCUCUCUAACUUUCCCUUUCUCUCGGAAUCUCUUCAACCCCUCAAUCAUGACUGAGAAGGAGAUCUGUGUGAGGAUGACGAGAGCGGCGGUGAAGAGAAAGUCUACGGCCACGGAGGAUGAACGUGUCACCAAGAAGAGAGUGGUUCUCGGCGAGCUUCCGAAUCUCUCCAACAUCUCCGUCUUGUCCAGUUUCAAUCAGAUCCCGAAGCCCGCAAAGAGUCUUGGAGCUCUAUUGAGAAAGACGGCUCCGGUGGCUUUGGCUGCCGUGGAAUUUGGAUCUGACAUUGAUGCUCGAUCCGAUGAUCCCAAGAUGUGCGGACCUUAUGUCUCCGACAUCUACGAGUAUCUCCGUCAAAUGGAGGUGAAGCCAAAGCAAAGACCUUUACCUGAUUACAUGGAAAAGGUUCAGAAAGAUGUAACGCCAACCAUGAGAGGUGUUUUGGUUGAUUGGUUAGUCGAAGUUGCUGACGAGUACAAACUCCUGUCUGAGACACUCCAUCUCACUGUCUCUUACAUCGAUAGAUUCUUGUCCUUAAAGACCGUCAACAAGAAGAGGCUUCAGCUCUUGGGAGUUUCUGCUAUGCUUAUUGCCUCGAAGUAUGAAGAGAUAAGUCCUCCCAAAGUAGAAGAUUUCUGUUACAUCACUGAUAAUACAUUUUCGAAACAAGAUGUGGUGAAGAUGGAAGCAGAUAUACUUCUUGCCCUUCAGUUUGAACUGGGAAGACCCACAAUCAAUUCUUUUAUAAGACGAUUCACAAGGGUUGCACAAGAAGAUUUCAAUGUGCCACACUUGCAGCUAGAACCACUCUCUUGCUACUUAUCAGAAUUGAGUAUAUUAGAUUACAAAGCUGUGAAGUUUUUGCCAUCUAUGUUGGCUGCUUCUGCUGUUUUCCUUGCUCGAUUCAUCAUCCGUCCAAAACAACAUCCUUGGAAUCAGAUGUUGGAAGAAUACACAAAGUACAAAGCGGCUGAUCUACAAGAGUGUGUGGGAAUCAUACAUGACUUGUAUCUGAGGAGAAGAGGAGGUGCUUUACAAGCUGUUAGAGAUAAAUACAAGCACCACAAGUUCCAGUGCGUUGCGACCAUGCCUGUAUCACCUGUCCUACCGGUUACCUUCUGGGAGGACGUUACCAUUUGACCUGAACCAGUCUUUCUUUGGAAGAACAGAGAACUGGAAGAGGAAGUAUGUCACACAUUGCUCGAGACACGAUCCUCGAAAGUAAACAAAGACUCGGGUGAGCUUGAAUUGAAAGAGAAUAUUAGGACAGAUGAAGACUGAUCUUGAGAGGCAUCAUGGUGAACUUAGGGCAUACAUUGAUGUAAUUUUCCGUGUCUGUAUAUUUUCUUUCUCUGCCGUUGAAGUUGUUUGACAAAUGAAAAGAUUAAGAAUUUAUCUACUGCAAUGUAUCACAAGUAAAUGGGUUUUAUUUACAUA